AUGUUUAAAAAAAUUAGUUAUAAAGAUGGUUCGGUUAGUCAGAGUCCCUAUGAUUCUGAUGUUGAACCCAAAGAUUCUACUCCAUUGGGUGAUUUAGAAGGAUUACAUUCUCCUGAUGAUUUAGCUGAUAUUAAUACAGAUUUAUUAAUUGAUGCUCCGAGACAUGUUAUUAUAAAUUUACCUUCUUCACAUAAUCCUACAGGUAAUGAUAUAGUGGAAAAUAAUGAAAUACCAUCAGUUAAAAGAAUUCCUUCUUUUAAAAUUAGACCCUUAAGUGAUACACCUAUUAAUAGUAGUUGGACAUCUCCAAAUGUUUCUGGGAAACCUUCCCCUAUAUCCAGUCAUACAGAGUUGAAAGAUUUGCCUUCAGAUGCCGAUAUCGAAUAUGAUAGUGAAACACAACGUAAUACUUUACAAAAUAAAGUAAUACCACACAAUGAUAGAGAUCACGCCAGUUAUAAUACGAAUAAUGUUAAUGAAUCUGUUAAAGAAAAAGAAAAUAAAGCUGUAUAUUCUAAAAGACGACCUACAACAAUUGAUGUGCCAGGAUUAACUAAAUCCAAGACUUCACCAGAUGGUAUGAUUUCAAAUGAAGAUUUAGGAUCUAAAUUAAUAAUUAUUAUGGUUGGAUUACCAGCUACUGGAAAAUCAUUUAUUACUAAUAAAUUAUCACGUUAUUUGAAUUAUUCAAUGUAUUAUUGUCAAGUAUUUAAUGUGGGGAAUACAAGAAGAAGAUUUGCUAAAGAACAUGGAUUAACAGAGCAGGACUCUAAUUUUUUUGAUCCGCAUAAUAGUGACUCAACUCAUUUAAGAGAUAAAUGGGCAUUGGAUACAUUAGAUGAAUUAUUAGACUAUUUAACUGUCGGUCGUGGAUCUGUUGGGAUAUUUGAUGCAACUAAUACUACAAAGAAACGUAGAAAAUUAGUUUUAGAGAGAAUUCAUGAAAGAAGUGAACAUUUGAAAGUAUUAUAUUUGGAAUCUGUAUGUACAAAUCAAGCAGUGGUAGAGAAUAAUAUUAAAUUGAAACUUUUUGGCCCAGAUUACAAAGGUAAAAAUCCAGAGGACUCACUAAGAGAUUUUAAAGAUAGAUUAAAAAAUUAUCUAAAGGCUUAUGAACCUAUUGAAGAUGACGAAGAUAUCCCCUAUAUCAAAAUGAUAGAUGUCGGUAAAAAAAUUAUCGCUUAUGAUAUACAAGGAUUUUUAGCUUCUCAAACAGUGUAUUACUUAUUGAAUUUUAAUCUUGCUGAGAGACAAAUUUGGAUAACAAGAAAUGGUGAAAGUGAAGAUAAUAUGUUAGGUAAAAUUGGUGGUAACUCUAAAUUAACUGUACGUGGAUUGAAAUAUGCAAAAGCAUUAUCAAAAUUUAUUGAUCAACAGCGUGUACUGUUUUAUAACACUCAGGUAGAUAAGAUGAAAUCUACAAACCAAAUAAAGAGUAAAGAUGAUAUUUUACAAGAAAUUGCUACGACAGAUAAUAAUACACCACCAAUUCAUGAUUUCUUUGUAUGGACUAGUAUGAGAACAAGAUCUAUCGAAACAGCUCAAUAUUUUAAUGAUGAAGAUUAUCCAAAAAAAGAAAUGAAAAUGUUGGAUGAAUUGAAUGCAGGUGAUUACGAAGGGAUGACAUAUCCCGAGAUUCAAAAAUAUCAUGCUGAUGAAUUCGAAAAGAGGCAACAUGAUAAAUUACGUUAUCGUUACCCUGGUACUGCAGGGGAAUCAUAUAUGGAUGUAAUUAAUAGAUUGAGACCGGUUAUUACAGAAUUAGAAAGAAUCGGCGAUAGUGCUUUAAUUGUUACCCACAGAGUUGUUGCAAGAGCAUUGUUGGGGUAUUAUAUGAAUCUAAGCGUAGAUGUUAUCGCGAAUUUAGAUGUUCCACUACAUUGUGUGUAUUGUCUAGAGACAAAACCUUAUGGUAUCACCUGGAGUCUUUAUGAAUAUGACAUUGAAACAGAUACGUUCCAUUUGGUUCCCGAAACUGAUUUAAAUACAACUACUGUAGAAGAAGUUGGACUUGUUCAUAAGGAAAGAAAAUAUUCGGUUGUUCCAACCGCUCCAACAACAGCAGAUGCAUUCAGGAGUGAUUUCUUAUCCAAGAGGAGAGCAAGUGUCAGUUUUUCUGAUUCUGGAGUUCACUUAGAUAGAGAACCACUUAAGGCAGAUUCCAACCGUAUACCUACCACGGCACCAGGCAAUCUUCUAAUGAACAACAAUAUAAUGCAUGCAAAUACAACUAGAGAUACACAUGACCGUUUUAAAAAACACAAUCCAGUGACUGAUACGGCAGGACCCUAUCGUACCACAAAUAUGAAUGGCAGUAAACCUUCCUUAUUGAGACAGGACUAUAACGAGGGGGAUACACCCUCUUUAUUAAAAAAUGACACUAAAGUUGAUAACCUAAGAAAUCGGAAAAGACCUGAAAAUUCUCUCGAAUUAAAGGAGUUAAAUGAUAAACUUGCCAAAUUGCAAUUCAAUCUAAAUAAAAGACAGGAUCCAGGCAAAGGGUACGCUAAAGACACAUCUACUCUCAAAAGUCCUACAAGGAUGGAAAGAAGUCAUAGUCAAAGUUGA